AUGACUCAUCAAUGUAAACACAUAAUAAAUGAAACUGCUAAUCAAAAAAAAGAAGAAGGAAUAGAAGGUGUGAUUAUUACUACAGCACACGCUUCAGAUGAUAUGCACAACUGCGUAAAACGUGCAAAUUAUUCUACUCUUACUAAGCACAUUUGUCAACCUGGUUGGUUUAUAAAGGACCUAUUGGAGGAAUUUUUUCCUGAAUUAAUACACAAUGAAAACAUCAUGCAUUAUACUAACCCAAACCCUGUUAAGGAAUACUAUGCAGCAAAUUUUGCUAUAACAUUUGAAUGUAAGGAAGAUGCAAAGUGUGGAAAUGCAAUAGAUUAUACAAACUUUUUACCUAGCGGUAUAUGGUGUAGUGGAAAAGGUAAAACGAAUACUAGCGGUAAGGGUUAUCCUUACAAUGAGCUCUCUGCUGAUAAUAACAAUAAAAGUGCAUGUUAUCACAGUAAAGAUUUUAAUAAAAAUGCACUUCAUAACAAAAAUUUCUUCUGGAAUACAACGUGUCCUAAUCUAGUAUUAGAUCGUAGCGUAGAAGAGCUAAAAGAAUGUGCAGGUAAAACUAUAGUUGCAAAAUUGGUAUCACCUUUAAUAAUUGUUGAUAAGAGUAAUAUGAUAAUAGAUAAAGAUGGCAACAAUACUAAAAUACCCUAUCUUCACUUAGAGCACUUCUUAACUUUUGACGGUAAGCUUAAAGAUGAUCCUAAAAACAACUGUGCAAUUUAUAAGAACCUCACUAAGAAACCCACUGAAUUAAUUGAAUUAAAAGAUAAAGUUUUAUGGACUUCCGACAAAGAAGUAAAGUUGAUAAUUCCUGACACUGGUAAUAUGAGAUGUUUAGGUUCUCCUAGUAAAAGUGAGAGCGUAAUUCAAAAGAGUGAUGAGAUAACUACUGAUAACGAAGAGCUCCCUAGCUAUAACUACAGUAAUGAUUAUGUGCUAUAA